AUGCCGACUCGCGCCAAUCCAGGCCGCAAAUCGCCUCUGGAGCUGCUCACGAAGAAGCCAGUAAGCGUCGUGGACGUGGUGGUGUUCAGCUCGCCUUGCAAAGUGUACCAGAACCCUCUAAACGCAUCCCUGGGAAAGCGUGGAGCACCAGGGAUCAUUGUCGAAAAAACGAAGAAACUAAGGGGUGCAAGGCAUACUGAUUCCCGGGAAGUAGUUCGUGGUGACUACUCGACACGUGUACCAAAUCGAGACCCUGACAGCUGA